AUCAUCAUCACGACGACGACGACCGCGACGACGAUCGCGAACUCGCUCAAGACCCCUCUAGAGCUAUCACCGCGAUCGAUCGCCUCUAAUCCACCUGUCUGCCGACAAUCGAAACAACCACACGCACACACACAUACACACGAGCGCGUUCUCUAUAUUAGGGAGCUUCCUGGUUGUGCUUUAGUUGCUUUUUACAGCACUGGUGUGUUGCAGCAGGUGACGAGUGACGAGUGACUCUCGCCGGUAAAAGGAAGUCACAGGAAGCGACGGCAGCGGCAGUGGCGUCGACGGCGACAACAUGGUGCUCAGCGAAGGACAGUUGGCCCUCUGUACGGUGUUCACGCUUUGGUUAGGGGGUUUACCAUUGAUGUACUCUCCGGCACCGCGGGGAGAUUGUGAAAACUGUUGCCCGAUCCGGGAACCGAAGGAUAUACAGUUCUUCCUCUACACAAGGCACAACCCCGAAAAAGGGGACACACUGUUCGUGUCGGAUAAGAAGCAUCUCCGGGCGUCGCACCUGAACCGAACCAAUCCGCUCGUCAUCUAUAUGCACGGUUUCAGCGAACGGGCACCGGGUGGACCGGGCGAGAGUAGCAAACAGAUGAAGGAUGCGUUGCUGGCGGCCGACGACUACAAUGUGGUGCUGGUCGACUGGAGCCCCCUGACCGCGCUGCCCUGGUACGUGAACUCGGUACAGAAUGGACCGCGCGUUGGCCGGUACAUUGCCCGGUUCGUGCGCUUUCUCGUGAUGUCCGAGUUCCCGCUGGCCCAGGUCCAUCUGAUUGGGUUCAGCCUGGGGGCGGAGGUGGCCGGUUUCGCCGGCAAAACGCUCAACGAGUGGGGUCUCAAGCUGCCCCGCAUUACCGGUCUCGAUCCCGCCUUCCCGCUGUACGUGUUCGAGCGUGCCUCGCAGCGGCUCGGUCCCAAGGAUGCCGAGUUCGUCGACGUCAUCCACACGGACGGUGGUCUGCUCGGUUAUCCGUGGCCCCUGGGACACGUGGAUUUCUAUCCGAACGGUGGCAUACCGCUGCAGCCGGGCUGUGCCCAGCAGGAGCUGGCCAAAAACCGUUGGCUCGGAGUGUUUAUCGGUUGCAGCCAUGCCCGGGCCUGGCAGUACUUUGCCGAAUCGCUAACCCGGCCCCGAGCCUUCCUCUGUGAUCGCUGUGAACCGAGUGACGGGGAGGUCGUGGCGGCGGCGGCGGCUCGGAGUGGACCACGGGCAACACGCCAGACGGCCAACAACUGCACGAUGUCGAAGGAAGUGUUCAUGGGCAUGUACACCGAUCGGACACUGCGCGGUAAGUUCUACCUGUCGACGAACCCGCAACCACCGUUCGGUAAGCACACGGAUAACCGAGCAACCGCGACGACGACGACGACGACGGUGGCCACGGUCACGACGACGACGACCGUGCAAAGUUCCUCGUGAAGCAGCAGCAGCAGCAGCAGCAGGAGUAGCGGCAGAUGCUGCAAAAGAUGCCAAAAACUUAUAGGAAAAAUGGUGCCACAGCAGUCCCCGCCCCCGGGGACUAUGAAAUUCCCCGGGAUGGGGGGGGGGGGG